AUGGCCGAAAAGCGCAAGCUUCCAGCGCGCGAGCGACGCGAACCGGCAGCCAAACGACGUGUCUCCGAAGCCACGCCGCAGUCUCACAGGAAAAAGGCGCCAACUCCUCGCGCUCCAUCGCCUGAACUAGUCGAUGCCCCGUUACCUACGAAGAUAAAGGAUGGUGACCCCUUGCCAAUCGUUCGCACGCGACAGCCGAUCUCUCUAUCUGACAGAGAGUAUCAGUCUAUCGCAGAAAGCGCAGUUCUUCUGGCUUCCCUCGAGCGAUCGAAGAAGAAGUGGCUCAGUGAUGGAGUUCUCGUUCGAUACUACACAAAGCCGAAGAAGACGAAGCGUGAACAGACUGAAAAGAACAACCCCUCGAAGGAUACGAUGACGAAAGUCGGGCCCUGCGACGUUACGAUCGGUCCCCAUUUCUUUGACGCUAUGAUUUACGUUGUCAAAGACCCCAGUGCUCCGCCAGCAAUCCAAUACGCUCCCCAGCAACGACCGAUGGUGCACUAUGGCCACCCUAAUCACUUCCAACAAUAUCGGCCGUAUUCCACCCCCAACCAGCAACGGCCCGCACAAUUUUCUCCUGUUCCUGCCGGUCGCACCGGCUAUCCAGGCGGCCAGAACCCGUCUCAGCAAUCUCGUACUCCGAAUCAAGCCUCUCCACACGGCCAAAAGCCGCCACAAGGGCAGAAGGGCCAACCUGCCAAGCCUAGCCCAGAUCCUGUGAUUCAAAUGCUGGCUACAAGGGCAGCCGCAGACCCCGAACUCAAGGCAUUGAUGCGCGUCGUGGCCUCGAGCCAAGCAUCGCAGGAACAGUUACGGGCUUUCCAAGCACACAUCGACGAACUCAACGCCAUCAUCAAGGCUAGGGAACAGCAAGAACAGCGACAACAAUCCACUACUGCAACGCCUCCUGCAACACAGUCAACGCCCACGCCACAAUCCCAGCCCCAGAAAAAGCUGGGCGAGGCGAAGCCAGUGUCCCAGGAGCAACCCCCACAAAAGUCGCAACCACAGACACCGGCCCAAGCCCCAUCAAGUCAGCCUCAACCUCCUGGGAGUGCCACUGACACGGCUGCGAGCAUCAAACAAGAGUCCUCAGCCACGACUCAACCUACCCCCUCCGAGCCAGCGGUGCCAACUCAACCGGCAACACCUGCUCCUGCAAACACCCCUGCCCCGACCCCACCGGGAAAUACUCAACAAGCAGGGGCCCGACCCGGCCCGCCAUAUCCCCCCUACCCACAACCCUCCUAUGGGUCACAACCUCAGCUCCAAUCUAGACCACCGCAAUACGGCACUCCCGCCCCCUUCCCACGCCAGACACCAAUUCCUUACGUAGCACCAGCCCCUGCUCCGAAGGUAAACUACAAGUCUGUCGUCUUCGAAUUCACCUCUCCCUUGACUCCAUACGGAAGCAGCACAUCCGGCCACGCCGGCUCAGGCGACCGAUAUCUCUUCCCCGAACAUACCAUCCUAGAAUGGCUACCCGCCGAAAACACAGUCAUCGCCUCAUUCCUAGUAGUGCGAAAGGUCGCCCCAGGCACACCAUUCCCCCUCGAGACCCCCUCAGAAGCCGGUAACUCAAAAUCCAAGAGCAAGGCAGCACCAAAAACCAAAAAGGCCGAUCCAAAGGCCAAAAUCGACGGCAAAACACCAACUGGUACACCAGCCCCGACCCAGCCAAGCACACCCACAACUGCAACACCCCAAAAGCAAGAACCUUCUGACCAAACGGGCAUCGCAACCCCAAAUGCUCCCACAAACGAGGCUGAUAUGCAGGAAUACUGGCAACCAGUGACAUUCCGCAUCCACGCCCCAAACGCUAAAAUCCUCGAGCCUCUAGCGCGCGUCGUCAAGCCCGCCGACGAAGUCCGCAAAUACAUGAACGAUAUCAUGGACCGCGCCGAGCGUGCUCCGGAUGGAUACUUGGCCCUGCGUCUUCCUCGUGAGGAGGUACAGGCAGAACCAUUCGAGAAGGAUGGCACACCCGCUUCUGCUAAUGUUGGUUCUGGGACCCGUAGCCGGCUUUCCCGUGUUCAGCUCGCUGGCGAUGAAUCUGACGUGGAGACUUCUGGUCAAGAGUUUGAGGAGGAUGAGGAGGAGUUGAAGGAUUUCUAUGAUGCGCCGAGUGGGCUGCCUCCGUUGAAGGUGUAA